CGCGAGUCCGGGCUGGAGGAGCCGGCAGAGCUGUCCCGCACUGUUCCCCGCGGCGCUGGGCUGGGAGAGCCCCUCGCGCUCCGUGGCCCGCGGUGCCCCUGCUGGCCCGAGCGCCCCGGCGGGUCGAGGGGGAGGACACGCGCCGCCGAGGCUCCCCAGCCCCGGGGAAGAAUGUGCCGCCAGCUGUUCCCGGACCGCCGGCGCUUUGCCCCGAAGUGAGAAAGUUGGAGGGAGGAGAGACAAAGGCUGCCUUCGGGACGGAUGAGUUAAGAGACUUGGGUUGGGGCGGACAAAAGGUGAGGAGGACGCCGAGGACGCGGCCGAUGGCGGCGGGGCGGCCCCGCGGGGUCGGGUGCCCGAGACUCGCGCCGUGACGCGCGUGGCGAUCGCCGGCUCCUGCGGGCUGCGCGAGGCAGGAACAAUGGACAACUUCUUCCCCGAGGGAACGCGGGUCUGGCUGAGAGAGAAUGGCCAGCACUUUCCAAGUACUGUAAACUCCUGCGCAGAGGGCGUCGUGGUCUUCCGGACAGACUAUGGUCAGGUGUUCACGUACAAGCAGAGCACAAUCACCCAGCAGAAGGUGACAGCUAUGCACCCUGCACACGAGGAGGGCGUGGACGACAUGGCCUCCCUCUCAGAGCUGCACAGCGGUUCCAUCAUGUACAACUUGUUCCAGCGCUACAGGAGAAACCAGAUAUACACCUACAUCGGCUCCAUCCUCGCCUCGGUGAACCCCUACCAGCCCAUCGCCGGCCUGUACGAGGGCGCCACCAUGGAGCAGUACAGCCGGUGCCACCUGGGCGAGCUCCCGCCGCAUAUCUUCGCCAUUGCCAAUGAGUGCUACCGCUGCCUGUGGAAGCGCCACGACAACCAGUGCGUGCUCAUCAGCGGUGAAAGCGGGGCAGGUAAAACCGAAAGCACCAAGCUGCUCCUCCAGUUCCUCUCGGUCCUCAGCCAGCAGUCUUUGGAACUUUCCGUCAAGGAGAAGGCGUCCCGUGUCGAGCAGGCUAUUCUUGGAAGCAGCCCCAUCAUGGAGGCCUUCGGCAACGCAAAGACCGUGUACAACAACAACUCCAGCCGCUUCGGGAAGUUCGUGCAGCUGCACCUCUGUCAGAAGGGGAACAUCCAGGGCGGGAGGAUCGUAGAUUAUUUAUUAGAAAAAAACCGAGUAGUGAGGCAGAAUCCGGGGGAGAGGAAUUAUCACAUAUUCUAUGCACUGCUGGCAGGGCUGGGUCCUGGAGAGAGAGAAGAAUUUUAUUUAUCUGUGCCAGAAAACUACCAUUACUUGAAUCAGUCUGGAUGUGUAGAAGAUAAGACAAUCAAUGACCAGGAGUCCUUUAAAGAAGUUAUUACAGCCAUGGAGGUCAUGCAGUUCAGCAAGGACGAGGUCGGGGAAGUCCUUCGGCUGCUGGCGGGCAUCCUGCACCUCGGCAACGUGGAGUUCAUCACUGCAGGAGGCGCGCAGGUCCCCUUCAAGACAGCUCUGGGCAGGUCUGCAGAGUUACUCGGGCUGGACCCGACACCGCUCACGGACGCCCUGACCCAGAGAUCCAUGUUCCUCAGGGGAGAGGAGAUCCUCACGCCACUCAGCGUGCAGCAGGCAGUGGACAGCAGAGACUCCUUGGCCAUGGCACUUUAUGCUCGCUGCUUCGAGUGGGUCAUCAAGAAGAUCAACAGCAGGAUCAAGGGCAGAGAUGACUUCAAGUCUAUUGGCAUCCUCGACAUCUUUGGAUUUGAAAACUUCGAGGUUAACCACUUUGAGCAGUUCAACAUCAACUAUGCAAAUGAAAAGCUCCAGGAAUACUUCAACAAGCAUAUUUUUUCUUUAGAACAACUGGAAUACACUAGGGAAGGCCUGGUGUGGGAAGACAUUAACUGGAUAGACAACGGGGAGUGCCUGGACUUGAUCGAGAAGAAACUCGGCCUCCUCGCCCUGAUCAAUGAAGAAAGCCACUUUCCACAGGCCACGGACAGCACCUUACUGGAGAAGUUACACAACCAGCACGCGAAUAACCACUUUUACGUGAAGCCCAGAGUAGCAGUGAACAAUUUUGGAGUGAAACACUACGCUGGAGAGGUGCAGUAUGAUGUCCGAGGCAUCUUGGAGAAGAACAGAGACACCUUCCGCGAUGACCUUCUCAACUUGCUAAGAGAAAGCCGGUUCGACUUCAUCUACGACCUCUUCGAGCAUGUCUCCAGCCGCAGCAGCCAGGACACCCUCAAGUGUGGCAGCAAGCUCCGGCGGCCCACAGUCAGCUCGCAGUUCAAGGACUCGCUGCACUCCCUGAUGGCCACGCUGAGCUCCUCCAAUCCCUUCUUCAUCCGCUGCAUCAAGCCGAACAUGCAGAAGAUGCCCGACCACUUUGACCAGGCCGUGGUUCUGAACCAGCUGCGCUACUCAGGGAUGCUGGAGACCGUGCGCAUCCGCAAGGCGGGCUACGCCGUCCGCAGGCCCUUCCAGGACUUUUACAAAAGGUAUAAUGUGUUGGCGAGGAACCUGGUGCUGCCUGAGGACGUGCGCGGGAGGUGUGCGGCACUGCUGCAAGGCUACGACGGGUCUGGCAGCGAGUGGCAGCUGGGGAAGACCAAGGUCUUUCUCCGGGAAUCCUUGGAGCAGAAGCUGGAGAAGCGGCGGGAGGAGGAGUUCACGCGGGCCGCCAUGGUGAUCCGGGCCCACGUCCUAGGCUACUUGGCACGAAAGCACUACAGAGAGGUCCUCCACGGGGUGGUGAUGAUCCAGAGGAACAUCCGAGCCUUCCUGCUGCGGCGGCGGUUUCUGCGCCUCAGGCGGGCGGCCCUGGUGAUGCAGAAGCAGCUCCGAGGGCAGCGGGCACGCAGGCUGUACCGGCAGCUGCUGGCGCAGAAGCGGGAGGCGGAGGAGAGGAGGCAGCGGGAGGAGGAGGAGAGAGAAAGAGAGAGAGUGCAGAAAGAAGCCGAGCUCCGGGCCCAGCAGGAGGAGGAGGCCAGGAGGCAGCGCGAGCUGGAGGCCUCGCAGCAGAGCCUGAAGGACGCGGAGCUGAGCCGCGAGCUGCAGAAGCAGAGAGAGAACAAGCAGGUGGAGGAGAUCCUGCGGCUGGAGCGCGAGAUCGAGGACCUGCAGCGCAUGAAGGAGCGGCAGGAGCUGAGCCUGACCGAGGCCUCGCUGCAGAGGCUGCAGCGGCGGCGAGACGAGGAGCUGCGGCGCCUGGAGGACGAGGCCAGCCGGGCGGCGCAGGAAUUCCUGGCCGCCCUCAACUUCCACGAGAUCGACGCGUGCGUGCGGGGCCUCGAGCGCUCCCUGGCGGCCGGGGGCGGGAGCGCGGGGACCCCGGGCUUCAACUUCGGCCAGCCCUACCCCGAGGAGGACGAGGAUGAGGGUUUCGAGGCCGACGACGACGCCUUCAAGGACUCGCCCAACCCCAGCGAGCAUGGCCACUCGGACCAGCGCACGAGCGGCAUCCGCACCAGCGACGACUCCUCCGAGGAGGACCCCUACGUGAACGAGGCUGUGGGGGCACCUGAGGGCACCGUGCCCCCCGACACGUGUGCGCAAGACGACCGGCACGAGGCCACCUAUUGCGAGCCUGGUGAGGCCCCGGGCACCGAAAAGGACGACUAUGACGAUGGCGCGGUGACCUCCGGCAGCAGUGUCACCUUCUCCAACUCCUACGGCAGCCAGUGGUCCCCUGACUACCGCUGCUCCGUGGGCACCUGCAACAGCUCGGGCGCCUACGGCUUCAGCUCCGAGGGCGCCCAGUCCUCGUUUGAAGACAGUGAAGAAGACUUUGACUCCAGGUUUGACACGGAUGACGAGCUGUCCUACCGGCGUGAUUCUGUGUACAGCUGCGUCACGCUGCCGUACUUCCACAGCUUCCUGUACAUGAAAGGUGGCCUCAUGAACUCCUGGAAGCGCCGCUGGUGCGUGCUCAAGGGCGAGGCCUUCCUGUGGUUCCGCUCCAAGCAGGAGGCCCUGAAGCAGGGCUGGCUGCACAAGAAGGGCGGAGGCUCGUCCACGCUGUCCCGCAGGAACUGGAGGCGCCGCUGGUUCGUGCUGCGCCAGGCCAAGCUCAUGUACUUCGAGAAUGACAGCGAGGAGAAGCUCAAGGGCACCAUUGAGGUCCGCUCAGCCAAAGAGAUCGUAGACAACACCAGCAAGGAGAACGGGAUCGACAUCGUCAUGGCCGACAGGACCUUCCACCUGAUCGCCGAGUCGCCGGAAGAUGCCAGCCAGUGGUUCAGUGUGCUGAGCCAGGUGCACACGUCCACCGACCAGGAGAUCCAGGAGAUGCAGGACGAGCAGGCUAACCCGCAGAACGCUGUGGGCACAUUGGAUGUGGGGCUGAUCGAUUCCGUGUGUGCCUCUGACAACCCUGACAGGCCCAACUCGUUCGUGAUCAUCACGGCCAACCGUGUGCUGCACUGCAACGCCGACGCCCCCGAGGAGAUGCACCACUGGAUCACGCUGCUGCAACGCUGCAAGGGCGACGCGCGCGUGGAGGGCCAGGAGUUCAUCGUGCGAGGAUGGCUGCACAAAGAGGUGAAGAACAGUCCGAAGAUGUCUUCACUGAAGCUGAAGAAGCGCUGGUUCGUCCUGACCCACAACUCCCUGGACUACUACAAGAGCUCGGAGAAGAACUCCCUGAAGCUGGGCACGCUGGUUCUCAACAGCCUCUGCUCCGUCGUGCCCCCAGAUGAGAAGAUCUUCAAAGAGACAGGCUACUGGAACAUCACCGUGUAUGGGCGCAAGCACUGCUACCGGCUCUACACCAAGCUGCUCAAUGAGGCCACCAGGUGGGCCAGCGCCAUUCAGAACGUGACCGACUCCAAGGCCCCGAUAGACACCCCGACCCAGCAGCUGAUCCAGGACAUCAAGGAGAACUGCCUGAACGCCGACGUGGUGGAGCAGAUCUACAAGCGGAACCCGAUCCUGCGCUACACCCACCACCCGCUGCACUCACCACUGCUGCCGCUGCCCUAUGGGGACAUCAACCUCAACCUGCUCAAGGACAAGGGCUACACCACCCUGCAGGAUGAGGCCAUCAAGAUCUUCAACUCGCUGCAGCAGCUGGAGUCCGUGUCCGACCCGGUGCCCAUCAUCCAGGGCAUCCUGCAGACGGGCCACGACCUGCGGCCACUGCGGGACGAGCUGUACUGCCAGCUCAUCAAGCAGACCACGCAGGUGCCCCAGCCGGGCAGCACGGGCAACCUGUGCAGCUGGCAGAUCCUCGCCUGCCUGGGCUGCACCUUCCUGCCCAGCCGUGGGAUCCUCAAGUACCUCAGGUUCCACCUGAAAAGGAUCCGGGAACAGUUUCCAGGAACUGAGAUGGAAAAAUACGCGCUCUUCAUCUGCGAAUCUCUCAAGAAGACCAAGUGCCGAGAGUUCGUGCCCUCCCGAGACGAGAUCAAGGCUCUGAUCCACCGGCAGGAGAUGACGUCCACCGUGUACUGCCACGGCGGGGGCUCCUGCAAGAUCACAAUCGCCUCGCAUACCACUGCUGGGGAGGUAGUGGAGAAGCUGAUCCGCGGGCUAGCCAUGGAGGACAGCAGGAACAUGUUCGCCCUGUUCGAGCACAAUGGCCGCGUGGACAAGGCCAUCGAGAGCCGCACCGUGGUGGCAGAUGUGCUGGCCAAGUUUGAGAAGCUGGCCGCCAUGCCCGACGCGGGGGACCUACCCUGGAAAUUCUACUUCAAACUCUACUGCUUCCUGGACACGGACAGCGUGCCAAAGGACAGCGUGGAGUUCGCCUUCAUGUUUGAGCAGGCCCACGAGGCGGUGAUCCACGGCCACCACCCCGCGCCCGAGGACACGCUGCAGGUGCUGGCAGCCCUGCGGCUGCAGUACGUGCAGGGCGACCACUGUGCGCAGGCCGCCAUGCUGCCCCUGGAGGAGCUGUACUCGCUGCAGCGGCUGCGGGCGCGCGUCAGCCAGGCCACCACGCGCAGCGCCAGCCCGGGCCAGGGAGAGCGGCUGCAGCGGCGGCGUGCCAGCUUCCUCGAAGGGACCCUGCGGCGCAGCCUGCGGCCCGGGCCCGGACGGCAGCGGGCAGACGAGGAGCAGGCGCUGGAGCUGUGGCUGCAGGAGGAGCUGGGCGGCGUGCGCGCCAGCGUGCUGAACAAGUGGCGGCGGCUGCAGGGCCUGAGCCAGGAGCAGGCGAUGGCCCAGUACAUGGCGCUGGUCAAGGAGUGGCCGGGCUACGGCUCCACGCUCUUCGACGUGGAGUGCAAGGAGGGCGGCUUCCCGCAGGAGCUGUGGCUGGGCGUGAGCGCCGACGCCGUGUCCGUGUACAGGCGCGGGGAGGGGCGCCCCCUGGAGGUCUUCCCGUACGAGCACAUCCUCUCCUUCGGGGCGCCCCUGGCCAAUACCUACAAGAUCGUGGUGGACGAGCGUGAGCUGCUGUUCGAGACCAGCGAGGUGGUGGACGUGGCCAAGCUCAUGAAGGCCUACAUCAGCAUGAUCGUGAAGAAGCGCUACAGCACCUCGCGCUCUGUGAGCAGCCAGGGCAGCUCGAGGUGAAGGCGACAGGCACUCCCGGCCCUGACCUGAACGAACCGCCAUCAGCCUGGGCACAGCUGCCUGGCGCCCUGGAAGCCCCAGGUCCUUUCGCCCCGUCAGCUGCCGAGACUGUGCCCUAAGCCGCCCACCUAACAGUCUGCAGUUUCCAAAGCUUUACUGCUCUAGAUGACUCAUGCCUUAAAGAAAGGGGAGAGAAGCCACGCUGCCACCAAAGCAGCCACAAGUGCCUUACCCUGCAGACCCAGCCCUCACCAGCCUUGGCCUUGGCCGUGCUGCUGAAGGAGCUGUUCCAGCUCGCAGGGAGGGGGUGUCUUAUCAGCUGUGCACUAAUCUCCCACCCGCCCGCUCCCCCCAGGGAAGGUAAGGGAGGGGCGGGAGCAGAAGGCAGGGACAGUGUGGCCGGAGCGCUGCUGGCAGCCUCCCUGGGACUCGAGUCCACCCUGUGCUUUGUGUCAUUUCCAGCGAAGGUGCUUGCAAAAACUUAGCUCUCAUCACAAGCAUUACACACAAAGGGAAGAGGAUGUGCAAUGGUGUAAACAGUCUGUAUAUUUUCCUAGUUCAGAGUUAGUCCUCAGCCACUGCCUUGGAAGGUGGUUUUGUUACCGAGCCGGAUUCCUGGAUUUCCCUGCCUGUGCUGCUGGGCCCGGUUUUGCUCCCGUGUAGCGAAGGCUGCUGGGUGGCUGUAUUUAUAGCCUGCUCACUCCCGCUCCAGGGCUGUUUUUAGAACAGGGUGAAGUCAUCGCCCAGGCUUUCAUUUCUAAACCAGUUAAGCUGAAAGAGGCCUUUCCUUGAAGGUUAGUGCUGACCCCCUGGACGGGGCGGCUGUUGCCAGCUCCCACAGGAGCUGCUGCGUGCCUAAGGCCUCGGAAAAUGUGUGCAUACAGUGGGUCCGGACCGCGCACCUGUAAAUAAAUGGGCUCCGAUGACCAGAAGAAUGAUCUGACUUGGACUUCUAUUUUUAUAUGGAGAAGUUAUAAGGACUUGGGCCAUCUAGGUCUGGCCACAGAGGAAAAAGCAAUUUCCCUGACCCCUGACCUCUGAUCUCUGACCCCCACCCUCCCCAACCACGCGCUGCCUGGUUUGGAGCCGAUAAUAAAAGACAUCAGCAACGUGGCUGUGUCCUUCA